UAGACCAAGAUUAAAGAGUUUGAUCUGUUGAUCUAAGGGAUUAAGAAAUCAGGAUUUAAUUUAGCCUUUGCCUUCAAUUUCAAGGUAUGUUUUAGACUUUUUCAUAGAAGAUAACACCCAAAGAAGCCGUAAACAUCCAUUCUAAACCCUUUCAUCAGAAAAGAAGCCUUAAAGAUCAUCAGUGGUGUCCAUGUCGUCAAUCAAAAUCUCAAUGUCAAACUUGCAAAAAAAUCAAAGCUCAGGAAACAGAAUUCUGCAUUGCGCCAAUUCUUCCUACACGCACAAAAAAUGAUUUGACGAAAUCUCUGGCUUUGUUUGGCAGCAGGAGCAGCCCAUGGCCACACGGCCAACGCCGGGGUCGCGAGACGGCAGCAGCGCACGCCCACGAAGCACGAGCGGCAGACCCACGUCGUCCAGCGCGCGCCCGGCCAGCUCCGACCCCGCCUGCUGCCGACGCGCACGCGCCUCCCUCAGCCCCUCCCCGGCGUUGGAGUCCGACAAGCCGCUGCCGUCCUUCCUCCGCCCCACCGUCAGCUCGUCCCUGCGCAGCUCCUCCCCGUCGUCCUCCACCUCCAGACCGCCCUCCUCCAAGGGCCGCGCCACCACGCCCAAGGGGCAGUCCCCGGCGCACCCAGCGGCACGCGCUCCAAGCCCGAUCACGCCGAAGCGGUCCCCCGCGCAGCAGCCCGGGAGCUCGCCGAGGCCGAUCACGCCCAAGCGGUCCCCCGCGCAGCCGGUGACCGCGCCCCGGCCAAUCACGCAGGCCAUGGACAAGGCCAAGGCCAAGGCGUCCACGUCGCGGUGGUCCGUGGCGUCGCCGAGGCAGCUGAUGCAGAAGGCGUCCAACGCUUUCAAGGUCGGCAAGUCCCGCAGCAAGAAGAGCAAGGACCUGGCCGGCCCCGCGGCCGAGGCGGUGGCGUCCGUCAAGGAGGUGCACGGUGCUUCCGGCGAGAUCAACACCGAGGCGGUGGCGUCCGUCAAGGAGGUGCACGGUGCUUCCGGCGAGAUCAACACCGAGGCGGCGAGACCCCCUCCCGUGCCGGAGCAGCCGUACCGCCCUCCUACUGCCCCGACACCUCUCAACGUGCAAGCAGAGGUGGUCGUGGAACCCAACGCUGCCCUACAGGUACAGGUGGAAGCGAUUUUGCGACCGGAAGAAAUUGUCAGUAAUGUAGUCAAGACAGAGGAGGAGGCGCGUCAAGAGGAGCAGGUAAUCACGGAAGAGCCGAGAGCAGAAGCAGAGAAGGUGAAUGCCAUUGACGAGGAGAAGGUUGUACCGGAGGAGUCCGUGGAAGCCGUGAAGGUGGAUGAGCCGGCGCCGGAAGAGAAUCAGCAAGCCGGCAACGUUGAAGGGACACAAAAGGAAGCUGAGAAGAUUACACAGGAUGAACUUCCGCCGCCGGCCGCCGUUGUGGAAGAACCAGCGAAGGAGGCUGCAGCGCCGCUGAACGUGCAACAUGAACCGGCGGCCAGCACGGUUCAAGAGGAAGCCGUCGUGGAGACUAAGGCCGAGGCCAGGCCACAAGCAGAGCCGGCGAAGCACGAGGAGGCCACGAAGCAGCCUGAGGCAAGCGUGAUCUCUGAAGAAACGAAAGAACAACCCGCCGCCACGCAACCCAAGAUGAUCGCGGCAACCAGGGCAUCAUCGGUGCCGGCGACGUCGCUGGAGGAAGCUCUGGAGGGAGUGGACACGGUGACCAAGGCGGGCACUUCAUGGUCAGAGCCCGUGACACCGGCGAAGGAAGCUGUCAACAAGGGGAAGGCGGCGAUCGAUACGAUCCUGAGCGCUUCGGAGCCAACGACGCCGUCGAAAGGGGCCGCCAGGAAGGAAGUGGCGGCGUCGUUGAUGUCGAGGAUUCCCGAGGAGGCUCGGCUGAGCUUCAAGGGGAGCAGGGUGAAGACGGCGAUGGAGAAGCGGCCGGAGGAGACGCAGCCCAAGAAGAAGGAGGUGUCACGGAGCAACGACGUGCUGGAGGAGGCCAAGAGCAAGCUGCUGGAGAAGAAGAAGAGCAAGGUGAAGGCGCUGGUGGGGGCGUUCGAGGUCGUCAUGGACAGCCCGCGCGCGUCCACCCCGGGCCCGGGCAGAUCGACCCCUACACCAAGGUGAUUCCGAUCGAGGAGGGAAAUGCUCCGGUGGCGACCGUGUGGUUUGAAAUUUGAAUUGUGUGGUGUUCAUGGUGCUUUGGGAUGUGAUGUGAUGUGAUGUUAUGCCAUCUUCUUUUUGUUGGUUAUAUGUAUAUUUGAUCAUUGAUUUUUGUUGGCCAAUGAAUCAAAACAGAGUUGUUG